AUGGCAUUCCUCCAGAAUCUGGUUUACGGAGAGUUAGAGACCUUACUAAGGUGGACGCCAAGUAACGAUGAUGAGCUUAGGCUUCGAUUAUACACUUGAGAACUCUCUCAACUUGCUGCUGAGCAAUUCUUAAGAUCAACUAUUGACAUUCCAUAUGUUUUUCAACGCCUAGAUGCGUUACUUUUCAUGGCUAAUCUACCUGAGGAAGCUGCAAAUGUGAAGCAAUCUUUUGCCACUUUAGAGGUGGCUUGCCAGGAGCUUAGAUGCAGCCACCUUUUUCUUAAGCUACUAGAAGCGGUCCUUAAAACUGGAAAUCGGAUGAAUGUUGGCACAUUCCGCGGAGCUCAAGCUUUUAAACUUGACACGCUCCUUAAGUUAUCUGAUGUCAAGGGUACUGAUGGGAAGACAACACUGUUGCUUUUUGUUAUUCAAGAAAUCAUCUGUUCUGAAGGUGUUCGUGCUGCAUGGGCUGCAAAAGAGCAGAAUAGCAGCAUAUCCAGUGCAGAUGCCAAUGACGUUACUGAUGACAAUAAUGAGCAAACUGAAGACGAUUACAAACAACUUGGACUUAAAGUUGUAUCCAGUUUAGCAGAUGAUCUCCAAAAUGUCAGGAGGGCAGCGAUCCUUGAUGCAGAUCAACUGACUAUGUCAGUAGCAAGUCUUGGCCACAAGCUUGUCAAAACCAAAGAAUUCCCGAACACGAGCAUGAAAAGUUUGGAUGAAGACAGCGGGUUUCACCACAAGCUUAAGCAUUUUGCAGAGCAAUCUCAAACUGCUGUCACUUUAUUGCUAGAGGAAGAGAAGAAAAUACGGUCCUUGGUCCGGAGCACUGUAGAUUAUUUUCAUGGGAGUACAGGGAAGGACGAGGGCCUGCGGUUAUUUGUGGUUGUGCGAGAUUACCUUGCAAUGCUGGACAAGGUUUGCAAAGAGCUAAAAGAAGCAUCAAAAGUAGCUCCAAGGAAAACAAAGACCAAACAGCCAUCCCAAACAUCUCAAUCUUUCAACGUUCCCAGGCAGAACCUGUUCCCAGCUAUUCAGGAUCGAAGAGCAGAUAGCUCAAGCUCAGGUUCUGAUGAGGACAGUUAG